AUGUAUUGUUAAACGACGCCGACUUGAGCUCUUGUUUUCCGUAAACCUAAAUCCCAGCUUCGCAGCUUACACUCCCUCUCUCACUGUCACCAACCCACUCCGAUCGCCACCUCUUCUCAGCUCAGAUCGCCGCCGUCAACUCACCGGCGACACCGAGGCAUGAAUGAAUGAAUGACAUCUUCAUCUUCAACCAAUCACAGUCACAGUGCUCAUCACCAUGCUCUCUCGCUUAAUCCCCAAACCCUCUCAUCUCCGUCGCUUCUUCACUCUUCCAUCCAAACAACCCCAUUUCGCAAACUCACCCAUCAACCCCUUCUUCACAAUCGUCCCUAAACCCUUCUCUUCCCGCAGCAACAACAACAACAGUGGAAAUGGCAAUGGAAAUGGAAGGGGUCCGUUUACUUCGGGAACGUGGGGGACAUUGGGUGAUGAGAACGAGGAGAAGUUCGACGCAUUCUUCACCGAAGAUAGCGGAAGCCUCCCCGGAUUGAACGAAGCGGAAGGAGGUACUGGGGAAGGUAUUGGGGAUAGUACAGUUGCAGAGAAGGAGGAACCUUGGUGGUUGCAAGAGAAGGGUCUUGAUGAUAAAGAUGAGGUUGAUAUAUUUAAAGGGAUUGACAAAGAAACUGAAGGCGGCGGCAAUGUUGGUUUUGGUGAUUCUGGUGGUGAUCAAAUUGGAGUGGGAGCAGAAUCUGAGAAUUUCCAACCUUGGAGCUUGAAGGAGGAGGAGGAGGGAGAGGUUGAUGUGUUUAAGUUCCCGGAGGAUGUCGGCCCGGUGGAGGAGUUCGGUGCCGUGGAUAGAACAAAAGAGGAGGCUGAGAAGCUUGAGAAGGAAGAGCAAGCUCUCACUGCCAUUGUCAAAGGACCAAAACAUGCUUUCGGUGAUUUGAUUGCUGCUUCUGGUAUCACGGAUGAAAUGCUUGACAGUUUGAUUGCCUUGAAAGAUUUUGAAGGGAUUGAGGGGUUGCCCCCACUUAGUGUAAUAGAAGAUAUGCGCUAUGAGAAGAAUACUAGUAAAUCCACUAGAGCUGAAAUUGAGCGUCUAAAGCAAGAGGAAGCGGCAAAAGCUAGAGUGAGACAAGUAGAUGAAAAAGGACGCGCUUAUGGAACGGGAAGAAGAAAAUGCAGCAUAGCCCGUGUCUGGGUUCAACCUGGAUGUGGUAAAUUUGUAGUGAACGAGAAAGAAUUCGAUGUCUAUUUCCCCAUGCUCGAGCAUCGUGCCACUCUUCUUCGACCUUUCUCUGAGACAAAGACAUUGGGGCUCUGGGAUGUCACUUGUACUGUGAAAGGAGGUGGUGUUUCAGGGCAAGUAGGAGCCAUACGAUUGGGGAUUAGCAAGGCUUUGCAAAACUGGGAACCAGAUUUGCGACCUCCACUUAGAAACGCUGGUUUCCUGACAAGGGACUCACGAGUGGUAGAAAGGAAAAAGCCAGGUAAGGCCAAAGCAAGAAAGAGUUUCCAAUGGGUCAAGCGUUAAUACCAGGAGCACCCUUUCUCUUCAUGGCGGUUUUUUGAAUGGAUUAUUGGCACUCCUCAAUAACCUCUUGAAAUUAGUUGAUCAUGUACUGCAUCAUCUCGUUUGAUGUGAUCAACGUUCAAAAUUUCAAUGACUCUAAUUGUAGAAAAUUUUGUUCACAUGGGACUUUUAUACGUUUCGAUUCAUUCAGUUUUUGCAGAGUGCUACUGGUUGCUAAUUUUUUUUAACCUUACUGCAUGAUGAAUGUUAUAUUAUGAAAAUUUGGUUAGUCAUUGUAGGGAUAUAUGUAUCGAGAAGUAUUUUACAUAUCUGUUCCUUAAUGAUGUGUACUUAUUAUUCGUUUU